AUGAUGCAUGGGCAGAUUCCCGACCCUUUUAUGACCACGGGCUCUCUGCCAGGGCAAGACCCCCUGACCGGACGGCCCGGCUCGGCUCUGAUCGUGAAGGAGCUGAAAUGCAUUGGGACCAUAAUCGUGCCCUUGCUGGAGAUAAAGCUUGGCACGCCUGACGCAGCCGUGAACCUGGACAAGAGGCCCCAACCUGUAGAAAGUGAGCUCGACAAACAGGAGGAGCGGAGGAAAAGGCGCUUUGAACAGAACAAGGCGGUGUGGGCCCGGAGGAAGGAGCGCACGGAGGUACUGCAGCGGGAGUUUGAGCGGCUGGAGUUCAGAAACGCGGUACUAAAGAUGCAGGUCAGGGAGCUGGAGCAGGAGCGGCAGCAGCUGAUUCUCGUACUGAACCGGCGCCGCCCCACUUGCAUUGUCCGCACCGACAGCGUCCCUGCCCCUGGGAUCUAA